AUGUCACUUUUAUCGUCCAUCGAAUGGUUCACCUGGUUCACUUAUGUCGCGAUCCUUCCAGUGUGUUCUUUAUUCGGCUGGCUGAUGUUACCUUUCGUCUUUGUUGCUUCUAUUACUGCUAAUAUAUUUGUUUCUAUUCGGUUGUUGAGAGAUUUCACGUGUUAUAUGACUGAUAAUCUAAUCAGUAAUUUAUCACAACCAGGAAACGACAUGAAUGAUAAUAACGGCAUAGACGAGAUGUUCGCCUCUACACGAGAGGCUCUUGAGGACAUUUUCCCGAAAGCUUCCAACAAAGACAUUGAGAGGUACGAAAGACAAAUUAAUGAAGCGGACGACUUGGAUCCUGUUCUUAUUAUCGUAGGAAAUCAAAAUUGGAUUAAUCAAAACACGUAUGCGACCUAUCAAGCUGUAAUGACUGCAUUUGCGACAAAUAAUCUCCAAAAUAAUCAACGCAGAGAUGAAGGUUCUCUCGGUGUUUUUCACUUCCAAAAUAUGACUGAACUCUACACCGUGCGCGAUAACAUUCGCGGGCUAUACCCCAAUGCAUUCUUUGACCGAAAUGCUCAACCUCAACAGGAGCCAAUCGGCACUGCUUGGAUUCUCGUUAAAGUGGGUGUGCGCAGUAGCGAUUAUGCGGUGGAUAGUUCGUUUUUUGUUAUUUAA